AUGGCUCCCAAACCUACCGCCGCCGCCGCCAGACCGAAACUCAGCACUAAGCGGAGCAGGAAAUCUCGCACCGAAAUCGUCGAGUCAAGCAGCAGCAGCAGUAGCAGCAGCGACUCCGAGAGCAGCAGUUCAGCAGCCAGCGCCACCACGCCCAAGGCCAGCAAAAAGCAAAAGACCACCGUCGCCGCCGCACGUGACAAUACUGUAAGCCCUCCCCAACCCCUCCUCUACCCUGCCCUCCCAAAAGGAAAGGGGGAAGUAUUCAACGCAAGAAAGACCGAGAGAGAAAAAAAAGAGCAAACGAGAAUAGCCGUUCCUGAACUAACACGCAACCCCAAGGCCCCAUCCGACUCAGACGACUCGGCCUCGUCGUCAUCGGCGUUGUCGUCGUCGGCGGACGAGUCGGAGCUGUCCGUCCCACCGGCGUCGGCGGCGGCGUCGGCUUUCCCGUCCUGGUACCUGCGCUCGGUGACGCAGGAGCUGGCCGAGGACCUGGACAAGGUGCGCGGGGCGCCGGACUUUGGCGACGCGGCGCUGCCGCUGCUCGUCCAUGCGCUGCAGCAGGGCGAGGCGUGCUUCUCGCCCGCGGAGAAGGCGAGGGUCAUGGGUGGUGCCGCGGCGAGGGAUUAG